AUGAAAAGAAGAAUUUUUCUAAUAUUCUUCUUUUCCUGCUUUGGUUUCAUUGUUUAUCUUUUAUUCAACAAAAGUAACCACCACAAUACGAAGACCAUUGUCACUGACAGUGAGCAAAAACAGAAAAGACAAAAUGUCACCAAACAAACAGUUCUACAAUUAGACAUCGAUGAUGGAUCGAAAACAUAUUGGGAUUUUCCUUGGUAUCAAGCCAAACAUACUCGACCUCGAUUUAAGCCUAAUGUCAACAUCACAACUACUCAUCGUACACCAGAAGAGCGCCUUGCUAUACAGCGAUUAGCUGUAGAGAAAGCAAAGCGCUUGGCAGACAAAAUCCUCGGUAUUCAAACACUCAGGGGCACACGAUUGGCAGACCAACACCCUCAAAAAACACUAGAAUUCAGACAAAUGGUUGAUUGUUGGUUAACGCAAGGACAGUGGGUAAAAAAGGAGGAUGUGUUUCACUUGAAGCAUAUCCAGGAUCCUUUGUACAGUACUUGUGAUAAGCAGAAUAGAAAAGAAUCGCUUGCUUAUGAAUGGGUCAUAUCGAAUCAAUGUCCAGCCACUGCCCCAUCUUCGAGUCAUUUUAAAGCAGUAGAUAGUCAAAGAUGGUGUAAAGCAAUCAACGGUCGACAUAUGCUCCUUGUGGGUGAUUUAGUUCAUUAUCAAUAUCAUGAAGUUCUACUAGAUGCUUUUCGAACAGAGCCUAGCGUGUGUUAUGGCGAACUCAAUUGCAAAGAUCACACUAUUUGCAGUGAUGGCACUACCAAUGGUGAACAAGAAGAUACACGUUUACGUUAUAUACGAAAUGAUAUCCUAUCCACCCGUCGUCGCCCUCCUCAAAAUGCCAUUACUCACAUUGCUUCGGCUUAUCCAAACAUUAUAGAAUGGCCCUUCGCUACUACUCAACUACUCACCACUUAUCCAAUUCUUAUCCUCAGUCGGACAGCUGUACUUAAUGAUAGCGACGAUCAGUUUACAAAACAGCUUCUUCAUACUCUAAAAUUGAUUCGUGAUCACGCUCCCAACACAUUAAUUAUUUAUACAUCGUCCAUGAUUGGACAUCCAUUUUGUCAAGAUGCUCGACACCCUUUACUGCAGCCCAAUGGAUUCACUGAUGAACAUUAUGCAAAAUUACCUUAUGGAUGGAGUGAGACACAACGACGAAAUGCUAUUGCUCGGGUGAUCAUAGAAGCAAGUGGAGGGUUAUUUUUGGACGUAACCGAAAAAAUGCUAUCUACAAGGCCAGAUGGACACAUUGCUAAACAUGGCGACUGCUCAAGAUACUGUAUACCUGGCCCCUUAGACAGCUUGAUACCGCUUUUAUACAACAUUUUUAUACAAUUACUCUAAAUAAAUAGAAAUCCUAUGGUUAUGAAUGUUAUUGGCCAUGAUAAGACUGAGAUUCAAGGUAUUCUGACCAGCUGAUCAAGCCACUAUUAUUAUUUGUCAUCGGAAUCUGGAACGAAGAAGCAACAUUAUCAUCAUUCUUGUUAUUUUCUCCGUGGCCAACAAAAUCUGUAAACGCUUCUCUUAAUUCAUGCCCGUCCAAAAACCCGUCUCCGUUUAAAUCAUGAAUCAGGAACAGAUAAUAGAUCAUAUCUUCUUCGCCCAACUCAGGUGGUAAAGUUCCUAGCUCUUCAGCCUUUUCCAUAAGUACCUGUAGAUGCUCUCUAAUAUGA